AUGCCGCAACCACACUCUACAACCUCGCAUCUUACAACUUUCCUAAUCGUCUUCAUCUUCGUGAUCGCCCUAUUCCCAGGACUUUUCGUCAGCAUAUUCUGGGCACCUUACAAUAGUCUUGCAAACUACCUUGUACCGACACCACAACCGCGUAAAAGCGUAGUCUGCACAAGUCCAAACAUCUGCACUUCACUACCAAUCAUGUCUUGGUCACAGAAGUCCAUCACCCUGCCCAGCCGAUCGCGCGGUUCCUACCUCAUAACCGACCACAUUCUUAAAGAAGUCCCCGAGAUUAAGAACUACAAGACCGGCCUACUCAACCUCUUCGUUCAACACACAUCAUGCGCGUUGUCUCUGAAUGAAAACUACGAUUCGGAUGUGCGCGCGGAUAUGAGCACAGCGCUGGAUCGCAUUGUGCCGGAGGACAAGAAGGGACAAGGACUGUACCGACAUGAUGCAGAGGGCAGUGACGAUAUGCCUGCGCAUGUCAAGUCUGCGUUGAUCGGCGCGAGCGUUACGAUUCCAAUUACAAAUGGAAGGUUGAACACGGGUACAUGGCAAGGCAUCUGGUACCUUGAGUUUAGGGACUCGAAGCAUACUAGGAAGGUUGUUGCGACAAUCCAGGGCGAGAAGAUGUGA